CCCAGAAAAGCUCGCUCUUCAGUCAAAGCUGUCAAAAGGCGCAGAGAAGGCAAAAAAAAGUGCGUACAGUGCGAAAGCAGGAAACACUUUUCGUGUUCGUCCUAAAACGUUCACUGCUAGCGUAGAUUGGUGUUGUGUGUGCAAAGAAAACAAUCCCUAUCGCACCUAGGCAGGAGAUAACAAAACCAACAGUUGUACACCAGUAUUUAAGGCAUCGCUCGUCGCGUGUUUCGUGCUGCAUCUCGCGGGACCCGUUUUUGCAUUACCAUUCUUGAUGCACACACUCACCGUUCGUUCGGCAAAGGAAGACGACGAUACACAAAUACGGGAACAGCGGGGCGGGCUGCAGCAGUAGCCAGAAAAUCAUAAUACCAACCACACCAAGAAACCCACCGAGCUCGGAUCGAUUUCGAUUGCGCACUUGUUCGUCACGUCCCACGGCAGAACCACAGUCUUCAGCACAGAAAAAUGACCGACAUUGCGAAGCUCGCAGGAGACCACAUCCUGAUAUACGAGGGUUACUAUAAACAGCUGGAUCCAAAGGAAACGAACGAAAUCGGUGCACUCGCGGCGGCAAAAUUCCUCAAAAAAUCUGGCCUCAGCGAUGUGGUGCUCAGCCGGAUCUGGGACCUGUCCGAUCCGACCGGCAAAGGGUUCCUCACGAAGGAAGGGUUUUUCGUUUCACUCAAGCUGAUCGGUUUGGCACAGGAAGGUUCGGACAUCAGCCUCAAAAACAUCUACAACGUCCUCUCGAAACCUCCGCGGGUGGGCGAUUUACCAAAGCCACCGGCGCAGGUUAAACUGCUGCCAGCGGAAAGUACAGACUGGUCAAUGAAGCCGGAAAAGCGGCAACAGUACGAGCAGCUGUUCGAUUCCCUCGGUCCCAUGAAUGGGUUGCUGCCGGGUGCAAAGGUGCGCGUCACGCUGCUCAACUCCAAGCUACCGAUGGAUACGCUCGGCCGUAUCUGGGAUCUGGCCGACCAGGACCGUGACGGUAGCCUCGACAAGCAUGAGUUCUGUGUGGCGAUGCAUCUCGUGUACGAAGCGCUCGAUAAGCGUGCCAUCCCGGCCGUGUUGCCACCGCAGCUCCAGCGCAACUAUAGCUCGCAAACACAGGCACAGAAUGGCGGCGGGUUUGACGCGUUCGGUAAUGGGGCUGCCGAUGGUGGGGGCUUUGUGGCCAACUUCCCGACAGACAUUGCACCGCCACCGGUCGUACCGCCGCUUCCGGCCGCACUCGCCCGUCCACCACCACCCGUCAUCGGUGGUGGCGGCGGCGGCGCACCGAUCAUUCCGCCCGUACCGAUGGUACCGCUGGUGGCGUCCUCAGCACCGAUCGAGGUGACCAGCUGGGUUGUGUCACCGCUGGAGCGUUGCAAGUACGAGGAAAUCUUCAACAAGAGUGACACCGACCGGGACGGGCUGGUUUCGGGGCUGGAGAUUAAGGACGUGUUUCUGCAGUCGGGUGUGGCGCAGAAUAUGCUCGCCCACAUUUGGGCGCUCUGUGACACGAACCAGUCGGGCAAGCUCAAGCUGGAAGAGUUCUGCCUAGCGAUGUGGUUCGUUGACCGAGCCAAAAAGGGUAUCGAACCGCCGCAGGCGCUGGCCCCGAACAUGGUACCGCCCAGUUUGCGAAAGAAUUCGAUCAUUCAAGCGCAGGAACCGCCACAACCAACCUACAGCAAUCCGGAGCUGGAAAUGAUAUCCAAAGAAAUAGACGAGCUCGCGAAGGAGCGUCGCCUGCUGGAGCAGGAAGUGGCCCAGAAGGAGGCCGAUGUGCGAAUUAAGAGCGGUGAACUGCGCAGCCUGCAGAGCGAACUGGACACGCUAACGGCAACGCUGAAGCAGCUGGAAAACCAAAAAGGUGAAGCACAGAAGCGUUUGGAUGAUCUGAACAAUCAGCAAGUAGGUGUAGAUCAAGCCUUGCUAGAGGUAGCGUGCAGCAUUGACGAUGCUCGUCAACAGCUGAUCAGAAUUCGCGAACAGUGCCAGAAGCAGGAAGCAACGCUCAAGGAGCAGGAAGGUGAGCUGGACUCGCGUCGUUCCGAGCUGCAGAAGCUGAAGGACGAGGAGCAGUCGCUCGAGAAGGAGUACCAUUCCAGCACCAAAGAGGUCGACCGGCUGACGUCCCAGCUGCAGGAUACGCAGCUCGAGAUCAGCCAGGUGAAGGCCAUGGUUACUCAGAUACAGGAGUACCAGCGGCAGAUGACGGACGCACUGUCGAUGUUCCGGUCGGCGAUCGAAUCGAACGAUCCGAUACUGGUGUCGGACUAUUCGCUCAAGAUAGAGCCCGAGUUCCGGGAGGCGAAGCAGGCGCUCGAGGAGAAGGAGGUCGAGAAUGCGAACAAGCGCGAUCCGUUCGGCGAUAACCGGGCGAAUGGGUUCGGUGCGGGCGAGCCGGAAACGGGCUUUGGGGAUGAUUUUAAGUCGAACGGUUUCGCCACCCAGUUUGAUGUCGGUGCGAAUGGCGGAUUUCACAGUACGGCGGGUGGUGGAUUCGGUGACGACGGGUUCGGUUCGUUCGGUGCGAAGACGAAUGCUGGCGGUGCGGAUCCGUUUGCGUCGGCCGGUGCCACCGAUCCGUUCGGUGAGCGGAAAGGUAGUGCAGCUGAGCCCGCCAAAGAUGAGUUCGGAUGCGAUCCGUUUGCCAUACUGCAUGCACCGACCACUGCCGGUCAAGCGCUGACACCUAGUCCAAGCAGAUCCGUAGCGCCACCGCGCCCUGAAUCGCCCAGCCCAGCCCUGCCACCGAAGAAAGCGAAGCAGCCACCACCGCGCCCGGCACCACCACGACCAAUGCAGGGCCCUACGCCUACCAAACCCGCACCACCGGCGUCGGAUGCAUUCGGUGAUAGUAGCGGCGGUGGCAGCUUUGCCAACUUUGCCGACUUCGACAAUAAGUGAAUAUCAUCCGAUACUAAUACUAGCUACUAGAGAGACUAACAAUUUAACCAAAACAAAAGUAAAACAAAAAAAAUUAACAAAACAAAUCGAAAGUCAGAAGCAAAAAACACAGCGACCCAUAGUAGUGUACCAAACCAUCCUGCGGCGGCGUCCUGUAUCGUCGUCUAACAACAUACUCGAACCAUUGUUGCACCAAACGGCGCUCUCUUCAUACAAUUGCACGCAACCAUUUCACGGCAGGCAUACGGCAGGCAACUAGUAAAGCCAGUUUUGAAUUUAACCGAAACCGAGAGCUGCACUCUGUUGCAAGCAGCAGUUAAAGAAAACCUUCCCUCAGAUGCUCUAUAUUUUACGUUUAAGCACUGUUCUGGUACAACCUAACCCCUGUACUGCAUCGCGCACGCUGUACAUAGAGAGAUGUUAAGUAUAACGAAUCGCAUCGAAUCAAAUCGCUCUGCCGCAUCAGCACGAAACACACAAACACGUGUGUGUGUGAAACUACUUCACUCCAACAAGUAUUAAAAUAUCAUUCCCCCUCGCCCUUUGUUUGGGGAAUGUUUAAAAUAAUCAGAAUAGUACUGAACUGUAUGAACCUUAAUCGCAAGCGCUAAACUAUCAAAAUUAUGUGUGUACGAUGGUGUGGUGAUAUGUGUGCGCAUAUGCUAUUCCGUAUUGUUUUGUCUGUUCACUGUUAAAAACUUCAAAUCAAAACCAAGACCACUUAUGACACGUAUCGAUGAUCCGUAGCGUAGCAUGAACCGUAUCGAAGAACGAAAAGGCAUUAGAUAUUAUACAAGCAUUAUAUUUACCGCACCGGGGUGGGUAUAUUGGGAUUAAAUGUAAACGUUAAACGAAUUCUCCUGCCAUAUUAGCGCUGGUGGGGUAGCUUUAUUACGGAUAGAAGACAGACCUUCUUUCUGGCACGAGGGGCUGCUUUCUGUGGUUGAUUUCUAUUGAUUCGAUUCCAUUGUAUGUGUGUGUGUAAUUCACCACGCCAAGAUUGAACAUGACGAUGACGCCUAGUAGUUAUCUAAUCGCAUUCGUUUUUGUCACACACACACACACACGGUAGUAUGACGAAUGGGAGAGUUGUGGAAGGUCGGUUUAAUCUGCCAAGUGAGAUUCCGUUUACCACAGCGAGCCACAAAGAGCGGCGGAAAGGGGUUUAGGGAAUUAUGUUUCCAUUAUUAUGUGUCUGUUUAUUAUAGUAGCAAGAGUUACCGGCGAAUGCGAUUUUGGAUUUUUUUUUAUUUGCAACUGCACACACAGCACUGGUUUUUUCUGUUUCAAUGUUUUCCAUUUGUUAAGAGUACGUCGUUAAAUGGUAGCAAUUCAUGUGACAAUUGUACCGUGAAACAGAGACCGUGCAAGCAAAGCAUGUUCAUAUAGCUUCGAAUCUUUCAUCUAAGUAUAAUUCUUCUUGAGCUGCUCAACGAGAGAUAGGCAAUUGCGGUGCAUAGAAAAGAUGGCGGCCGAGGCGAUAACGGCGCCGGUCUUCACACAAAAAAAAUCAAAAUUAAGUCACAGAAAGCCAGAAAUGGCAGGCCGCGAGACCUCUCGAGGUUUUGUAGUGCCAAGGAAAAAGAAGAAGAAGAACAGACUACCGUUCACUUGAUCCGCUGCAUAUGCUAUUAGAAACAUUUACUCCAUUCGUACCCCAAUUAUUAGCACGCAAAUCGUAUUGUAGCAUAUCGUUCGUUUAAAACACAUACGCACGCGUUCAGUGAGUUAUUAAAGGUAUUCGUCUGAAUCGGGGAUAAACGUAAAAGUCUAUUGUUAAUGUGUGCGAUAAUAAACUUCAAAGCAUGGUGAAAACUAAUUACUCUUAUUAACAUUAAUUAGGCAAUGGUAACAUUAUUUCUAACGUUCGUUAAACUAUCAGAGCUUUAACUUAAUUUGUUGCACGAUGGUUGACAGAAUUCCUUGUCAUUUUUUUUUUUAAUUAAAAGAUUAAAAGCGUCUUUGGUGAAGAAGUACGUUAGCAAAAGCUUCUUAUAACGAUUGGAUGCUUGGGCAGCUCCUAAUAACCUAUUUUUAGUCGAUCCCACCUAAUACAUUUGAGGGGGGGUGACCCGGUAGCAGAGGCAACAGCGGUGCCGGUCUACAUACAGCAGGCUCAAUUCCCGGUCCGGGAGAAAAAUUGAUGAAAUGAAAGAUUGUUCAAAAUUAUUCUUAUUUCAUUACUUUUCAACUGGAUACAUCAGCAGCUCAUAGUCGACAACAUCCUACUGGUCCCAUCAAAUUUGACUUUAGCCGAAAAUAGUAGCUUCUUUCAAAAAUAUUUCUUCUCACAAAGAAAAAACCCGCUACGAAACAAGUUAAAGUUCUUUUAGCUCUUCUGCAAAACAUAUUCGUUUGCUUACACUAGAACUACACUCUGUUCAGAUCGCACCUAGACGCAAUGCUCGUGUUGAAGCCGUUUUUUUUUUGCAAACGAACAGAGUAUCUUAAAGCUCCUCAUAUCGCAAGUUACGCAUAGCGGCGAAAAUAUAUUCAUGUUCUGUUUGCGCUGGUUUCUGGCAACAUAACAAUAAUCGCGAUGUACCAAUGUUUAAUGCAGUAUUUGAUGUAGUUGUAUAUCGUACGUGCACAUACUAUUCGCCAUUUCACGCUCCAAAAGGCGUCGUUACAAAAGAGGGAAAACAAGCAUCGAAAGAACAAAUCAUAUUUUCAUAUAUAUAGUGUAGCAGAUAAGCGUGUUCAACACACAAACACACACCCAUACAUACCCUCUUUAGACUCUAAUUGCAUAGCGAUCUGACGAAAUACAGAUAAUAACGCAAAACCCCGUACUAA